GAUCUCUCGUCAUAAUUGCUCUGGGACGGAGAAAGUGUGGAAGUUCAGAUAUGUGGCACAAUACUGUUUUGAUAUGUACAUUAUUGGAUACACUAUAAGUGAGUGAUGCGUAUAAGAAAGUAUAAAGACGUGUGGAUUGCCAAGAUAUGACAACUGAUACGUUGCGGAUAUAAUAUAUAUAAAUAUGCAUGAACUAUUCACACAAGUGCUGAGCAAAAAGGAUUUGUCUAAGGCAGGAGAUCUGUUUUCAGUAGCUGACAAUGCGAUAGUGAAUGAUUUAACAGAAGUUGUGAACACAAUCUCUGAAAUAACUAGUCUUCCUGAUUAUAUGAACAAUGAUAAUGAUCAGAGUGUCGUUGAAAUAUGUAUUACCCGAGUUACAUCUGCAAUCAGGGAGACAGGAUCAAUGGAGCAGCAUGCAGAAGCCCUUGUGGCUCUGCUUGAAUCAUGUCUCAACCAUAACCUGAAGCCAUCACUCAAAGACGAGGAUCCUCCACAUGCCAAAAUAUCAUCAGACAUAAUAUCAUGUAUAUUCCUUAACUAUAGUAAAAAGGAUGUGAUGAAGCGUGCGUUACCUGUAGCUGUCAAAUUCCUACAUAAAGGCAAUAAGGAAUUGUCCCGAAAUAUGUCAUCAUACCUGUCUUUAGCUGCAAUUGAAAAUGCUGAUCUUCUUGCAAAGCAUAUUCAGCUCAUCAUUGAUUCCAUUAUUUCAGGCAACUAUCCACUCUGUCGUGUGCUACCACAGAUCUAUGCAGUAAACAAGGAACCUCUUCACGAACAUGUGAUGGCUCUUGUCUCACUUCUGCCUUUAUGUGAAAAUCCUGAGAAACUGGCACUACUAAACUUAUUUGCUCUCAUAGCAAAAAAUAAUCCAUCUCUACUGGAACCGAGUUUGCCGCAGCUUUGUGAAUACUUGAGUACUGCCUCAACUGCAUCAGCAACAAUGCAAGUCUUCCUUAAUAUGGCUGGCAAACGGCCACAGCUGCUUGUUGAUCAUCUGUCCAAGAUAAAGCAGGCAGCAGAAUGUCAUCCCAAUACUCUCUGCCUUGCUGCACAAGUCAUUUCAUCUGUUGGUAAGCUCAAUAAGGAUCGUGCUCAAGAAGCAUUGAACUUUGUGCUGGAACAUCUGCCAAAGGCUGACCGUGGAAGCCAAGGAACAUUGUUAAGAGAGGCCACACUUCUGUGCAGCAGCUAUCCAGUUCUGGUGAAUGAGAAGAUGUUGGCAGAAGUGAAGCAGUGCAGCUACAAGAAUCAAUCCAAUAACAAUUCACAGGUGAACCAGAUGUCUGGUGGCGUAACUAUCGUAAAAGUUGGUGGAAGUCGGCCAGAUCUGCAGCUUACCCAGCAACAAGUGGUGUCAGCCGCUGUACCAAGAGAGCAGUUCAUCUCAGGUCCUAGGCAAACAGUGCUAGCACAGCAAGAUAUUGGAGGGUGCUGGUUGAAUCGUCAGGAAGCGAAUCGCUUGGUGAUAAACCGUCCAAGACUGGGGGGUGACAGUCGGAGUACAGGGCGGUUACACACGUCUGUGGGCAACAGGAGUAUGACAAGACUAAACGUUGUUGGUGGGAGUCGAGUGGGCUCUGUUGGUGGUCUCCAUAAAAGCAUGACACGACUGAGUUCCAGUCAACAGAUCAACUUGGUUCCAGUGCCCAGUUCAGUGAGUGGAUCCACUGUAACAAGCAAUAACCGCAGUAUCACCACGAUUAACGGGGGAAGACAGUACAGCGUGUCUGCAGCUCAGAAGGUUUCCAGUGGAGGUGUCACAGUAACCACGGCAAGUCCCAACAAAAGCAUCAUUGGAAAUUCUUCUGGCCUGCGGGAAGACAAAGACUUGGUUGUGUCCAUCUCUGCAUCUUACCCUUUACCUUUGCAAAAUAAUAGUCCUCUGGUGGUACAAUCUGGAACAAGAGAAAUAGCUAAUAACAGCAACUUUACAGGCAUUAAUCUUAGUCAGUCUGGCAACAAGAUACAUAACCUCAAUUCAUCGCAGCUUCAUAUGAUUCCAUCUCGUGUACUUAGUAGUUCUGGUAGCAUUGCUCUUAAUCAACCAGCACUGACUUCAGCAUCAACUACACAUCCCACAAGUCAAUCAGUCGCAGUUUUACAUCACAAUUUGGGUGCGCAGACAGUAACUUCACAGAUAUUACCGACUACAGUUGUGACAUCAAGACGAGCAAACACAAGUGUGACCAUCAUCAAUUCUCACCAACAGAGCAAUGCUGCUGUUGCUGCUGCAUCACAGAGGAUAAGUGUGUUUGAACCAUAUCCUAUGAGAGACACUGUACAACAUUUCUGUGAGAAACAUCUGGACAAAAUCAAGUCUUACAUGGAGAAGGUUUCAGUUCGUAUCCCACCUCCAGCAAAAUGUACAAUUGAAGAACGUCGCGCAAAGAAGCUAGCCAAACUCCAUUUUGCUUGUCAAGGUCGUGGAGAGCAUUGUCUCUAUAACCGUACUUUCUUUACAAUGAAGACAAGGAACCCUCGUAUAUGGAUUCAUCUGAUGUUCUUGGCCCUGCAGGCAAGAUCUGAGUCUGCACUGAGUUCAAGAGAUUCUUCAGUAAGCAGCUUAAAGAAUUGUUGGGAUAUCUUGAAGUGUGAGAACAAAACAUUCCUAACUCUUGUCACCUCAGCAUUUCCAUGUGCUAAGGACCAAGAGUCCCUACUGAAUGAACUACGUCACAGUGGUUUCUUCGAUGUAUUUGAAGCAGCUGGGACCCCAAGUCCCAGUGGGGGAGCUCAGUGGGGUUGUUUUCUGUGUAACCAUCCUGAGAGAGCAGUGGGGUUCCUACAAGACAGUCAGCCUGUUAUUGAAGGACAGCUGAAGGAGAAGAAGGGGCGCUGGAAGAUUUUCAAACGUUGGAGAACAAGAUACUUCACAUUAUCUGGAGCUCAUCUUUCAUAUAAGGGUUCUAAGGAUGACAAAGACAUGAUACCAAUUGAAGUAAAUCAGAUCCGCAGCGUGAAGGUGAGCCGAGGAGCUCGUAACAUUCCUAAGGCAUUUGAGAUCUUCACAGGUGACCAGUCUCUUAUCCUUAAACCCAAGGAUGGCAAGAAUGCUGAAGAGUGGGUCCAGUGUUUGUCUAUAGUAGUUGCACAUUCCCAUUCCAGGGAGAUCCCAGCCAAAAGCAACUCUCUUCCUGCCAGAGGCGCAAGUCUUAGAACUGCAGUGUGAAGCAAAGUAAAAGAUUUAAUGGGCCAUGUACCAUGAAGAGAGCCUAUUCCAAUGUCUCAUAGCAGAGGCAGGCCUGUGUUAUGAAAUAAUUGCAAAUUAUCAGAAACACCUUCAUAUAAUGUGCAUAAGUACUGGGACUUUUUUUUUGGUAACUAACUGGGAGAGAUGAAAAAUGCAUACAGAAUUUUAGUUAGGAUACCUAAAUUAACCACUUUAAAGUUAUAAACAUGUAUGGGAAUUUAAUAGCAAAAUAUGUCUCAAAGGUACAGGGUGUGAGGUUGUGCACAGUUUAAUUUUUCAUUAUCACUUUCUCUCACCCUCAGGUUGGGUAAGAGACAGAGAGAAAAGCUGUUAAUUGGUAUGCACCUACAUCAUACUUAAAAGAUUAAUUAUAAAUGUGGAAUUUACCAGAGUUACACAGGUGAACACUGCACUUAACAACUGUGAACUUCAUUCAUGAGAGGAUGUAAGUAAAUAAGAACACAGAUGUACUGCCAUACUCUGAUCAGUGAAGCUCUGGAUAAAUAGUUGAAUGUUUGUUUUUGGCACCUACUUUAAUCAGUAUGGCAAAGCAAGUUUUUUACUACAUGAAUUUCACUUUGUGAGUUGAAUCGUCUUCUUCAUAACUGUUCAGUAGAAUAAUUUAUAGCAAGUCUCUUUUUAAGCAGGUCUUGUAGCAGUAUAUGAUGAUCCUGUAGUGAAGAGAGACAUUUAAGGUCAUGAGAUUUGAGGUUCUGACAGUUGUGGAGAUGUUGAUGGUUGUCUUCUGAGUUGUGUUUCCAUGUUGGCUUUAUUCCCUGCAGUGUGUCGCUGCUCCAUAGAAGUUACCUGUAUUAGAGCUUCUAUGGUGAUGUCCACAUGCCAUCAUAACCGAAAGCACACCAUUUUACAUUUAGUCAUUGUGGUUCCUCCACAGUGAUACUGGUUCGUUAGCCAUGAGAAGAGCAUGAGAGAGACACUGGUUUGUAGCAAAUUAGAUGUCACAUUAAAAUAAAUUAUUCUGAUUUAAGUAAAUACUUAAUUCAUAACUUGAAACUGUUUGGGAAGCCUCAGCAUUAUCAGCUCCCUAAGAGAAGCCAGGAGUUUGUAUGAAUACGUACAUUAGCUGAGACUGUCUUCUCCUUGUGAUAUGCUCAAUUUUUUUGCUGUCUGUCUGUCUGUAUUACAUCUGUAUUUUUUUUAUAAGUGUACAUGUAAGAAUUAGUAGACAGCAAUUAUUUUUAAUUUCUAUAUUUUCUUGUACUGGGUUCAGAUACAACCAUAUUUAUUAAUGUAAAAAGCAUAUUAUAAGUGAUGUACCUUGUAUUCUCAGUUGAGGGUUAUCUGGACAUUUGGAAGAUUCUUGGACUUCAGCAUAUUUUAUUGUAGUUUGGUGAAGGAACAAUGUUAAGAUAGUUAAGUUGCUAAGGAUAAAGUCUAAAUUUUGCUGUGAAAAUACCAUUUGUCAUUAUAAAGUGGUAGUUAAUUUCUUUUGCCAGAAUCCUUUCUGUUAUUAAAAUGCUGUGUUACUAAUAAUUUUUACACUCUUGGCAAAAGCUAUAGAACUGUACUAGAUCAGUGCUUCUGAGUGUAAUAUGCCAUAAUUCAAAGAAGGGAUUUUAAAAUGACCUGGCCAUGUACAGUUCCCAUAUCAAGUCAGUGGCUUUGUUUCUGUUUUGUGUAAUUCAGAAGAAUUAGCGUCAUUUUCAGUUCUUUAUUAUGUAAAAACAAACGAGGGAAAUUUAUGACACUUAUUGUCCUUAAAGUAAUUUAGUUUAUAUGAUAAGAUUAGCUACAAGUAUGAAUGAAUAAUUGUAUAUAAUUCAGUGAGCCACUUAUGCAUACAAUCUGCAGCAGUAUAGAUUCACUGUCAAAUGUUUCAGACAUGACCUCACAGUUUCAUCCUGUCAUGUCUGUAAUCAUACAAAUGUUAACAACCAUAGUUCCAGUAGUUCAUUAGUUGUUGAUAUCAGUCAAGGGUAAUAUAGAUUUCACAUUUCUGUAAGACAGAGGUAGAUGGAGAGGCUAGGUAGUCAGACAAAGUAUAAACAUCUGGGAUGACGAAGGCAAGAGCCAAAGUGCUGUUUUGUAUAUUUUUUUUUAAGGUUUGUUACAAAAUUUCAAAAUUCAUACAUCAAGUAUUCCACCUCUGAAGUUCAUGUGAGUCUUCAUGUUGGUGUUAUUGGUAUAAAUAGUACAAGGAAAUGAUGUUCAUACCAAGUUUCAUUCAGUUUAAAUCUGUAAGUUGGUUAAAAAUUAUUGGAAUGGGGAGGUAAUACUUUCAGCCUAUUAUAAAAGGACAGUAGACUAUAAAACAACAUUCACACGAAAGAAUUAUAUUUUUCACUGAUAUGGGAAUAUUAUCAUCUGUACCAUAUUGAUUUUAGGUUCUCAUGGCAGUGAAGAUGUUGAUGUUGGUCUUCUGGGUUGUUAACACCGUAUAGACUUGUAGGUAGAUGCCAGUGUUUCAGAGAAACAUACUGUUUGCAUCUUCAGCUCUGAAAAUGGUGGCAGUAUGUUCAUGCAAAACAUUGGUGUCUACACAGCAUUACAACCCAGAAGACACACUGAUAGUGCUGUAAAGCUCAAAUUAAGAAUACUGUUUAGCAUAUAUGAUGAUGCAUACUUGCCUUGUAGGAAACACUGAUCUAGAGAUAAGAUUGGCAAGAUGUACUGGAAUUAUGAGGUACUGAUACAUGUCACAUAGCUGGAAAUAUUGUGGUAAACAAAUGGUGGAUGAAUUUUUAUGCAUAUAUGGUAGACUCAAAUAGUUUCCAGAUUUCAACAUGUAUUUAUUUAUUUAUUUAAUAUGACACAUUUUAUACCUUGCCUCAUUUGAAUUACAUACCUUCUGCUAUCACACA